AUGCCCGAGUUGCCCGCGGGCUCGGUCCUGCGCGCCGCGGCGGCGUACCACCGCCGGCCGGCCCUGCUGGCGCCGCCGGGGAUCCCGGCAGGCGUCCCCGCCGGACGGCUCGCAGCUCUCCCUGACGGCCCCGCCGGCAUGCCAGGGCGCCCCGCGACCGUGCCAGUGCCCGCGAGUGCACCGAUGGCUGCGGGCCAGGCAGGCCGCCGCACGGGCACGCAGACGACGUGCCGCGCGGGGCCGCCGGACCAACCUGCAGGCCUGGCGGCUGAGACGGCCGCCGCCGUCACGCCGGGGGGCCAAAGGGCGGUGGCGGCCCGCACCGCGGCGGGAACCCAGGGCUGCCAGAGCGCGUUUGCGUGCAGUUCCGGCGAGCAGUGUGCGGAGCGAGUGCGCAAGGGGCUGGCCGAGGGCGCGAGCUCGCUCGGCUGCGAUGCGAGCGGAGCCAACCAGGCGGGCACUAUUGGGAGCUGCUUGCAGUCGCUGUGUCGCGAGGACUCCGAGCACGUCGUCGUCGUGCGGCGGGUGAACACCCUCGGCAUUGAGACCCAGGGGGCUCUGGCGAAGCAUUUCUCUGCUUUUGGGCGGGUCAGGAGGGUGCUGGCCACGCAGUCGAAGGUGGCGACUCAGAGUGGCAGAUCUCGUGUCCGGGCCGGGGGUAUCGCCUACGUUGUCAUGGCGGACGCCGAGAGCGUGGGGCGCAUCCUGCAGGCAGGCCCACGGCAGACGGUCGCCUCGAGGAGCAUCUCCGUGGAGCCCUACGCGCCCCGCGGCGGCGCCUCGGCCGACGCCGCGCGCAGCGGCGGCGCCUCGCCCUGGGCCGGCUGCGCCAGCUCGGGCCCGCGCGUGCUCGGCACGGGGGGGGACCCGCGCGUGCUCCCGGGCUCGAUCGCCGGGGGGCGACCCGCCGGCGCGGCGGGAGAGGCCCUCCGCGGAGGCGUCCUCCCGAGCCAGGGGCUCCCGCGCGCGCACGCCGGGGCCCGAGGCCACGGGGGCCGGGGCGGCCGGCCGUGGGUCCCUCGGCCAGGGAGGAGGGCCCCGUGCGGCACGGGCGAGGCGGGUGCGGGGAGGACGGAUGCGAAGGCCGACGGGCGGCUUCCAGCGACGAGCGUGUCGCCGGCUCCGCGCCUCCAGGGCGGCGCGGUGCGCAGGGCGGGAGAUCAGCGCGCGGGUGUUCGCCAGGUGCUGGCGUGCCCGCGCGCGGCCGCGCGGCUCGGCGGGUCUUGGCUGCCCGUGGCUUGCGCGACCCCGCCGGUGCAUGAGAGCCCGCCGGCCUCCUCGUGGAGGCACCUUUAA